AUGGUCCAUGGGAGCAGUCAGCGGGAGUUGCAGGAACGCUUUCAGCGCUCUGGUGACACAAUAAGCUGCUACCUCAACCACAGGCUCUUAGCUCUCACAGGCACGUUCUACAAAGACUACAUCCGAGCACCAGCUGACAAGACACCAGACCAAAUCUUGACAAGUGAAUUAUAUUACCCAUUUUUCAAGUACUGUCGAGGCACAGUGGAUGGUGUCCAUAUUCUUGCGUAUGCGCUAGCCCACCAUCUCACUUGA